CAGGACCCCAAUAUGGCGACGAAGCAUGAGUUGAUAGGAUGAUUGAGCAAAUGUUUUCAACAAGAUGGAGUUAUCAGAUCAGAGUGUAAGCUUUGGAGAUUUCAGUGGCCUUGAUGAUGCUACGUUUGAGAGAGUCUACAAGAUUCUCCAUGGUGCUGAUGGAGCCAAGAGGGUAGAGUUUCCUUGGAAUGGUCCCGACCCAAACUUUCCUGAAGAUGCUGACAUUCAGCCAGGCUACAUCCCUGUGGAUGCAGUCCCUCCCAUCCGUGGCACCCCGAUCUUUGUUCCACAGUAUCCUGGCAUGUACCCAGUCCCCACAGUCCCAGCUGUGGUCACCCCUACCCUGUGGCCCCCAUCGUCAAUGGAAUCGCCCUGGGGCCACCAUACCAUCCUCAGCCUGUUCCAGUGCCAAUGGAGACCAUCUAUACUCAGAAUGAAGGAGGCCACAUAGUUACCUCCCCUCCUGGAACUGUGCUGUGCAAUGGUCCUGUUGUCAGUUCCCAAGUGUAUGAACUUGUUCAAGUGAGCCCCGAAAAUGUUCCUCAAGCCAAAAGGGAUGCAGUGUCGAGUCCCCCAGCCGAGUUUGACUUUGUGUACAGUGAUCCCGGGUCUGAGGUCCCAGUGUCAACAUCGACCGAGCUGAUUCAACAUAGUCAAACUGAACAUGGUCCAAAUCCAGAUCAGACUCUUAGCCCUCAGUCCAGUAAAAACAGUGGCCCUCCUGACAGGACUUCUAGCAUUGUCAACAAUCUAGGACAGCAAGUAGAAAAUAUUUCAGUUAACAGUAGUGCAACCAAGGAUACUAACACCAACGCUUCUCCUGAUGCCAGUGUUCCAAAUGACCCAAAUCUUCCAGUAAAGCAGGACUCCAUCCCAGUACCACAGCCCACCUCCCCUCCCAAGCCCAAAUCUUGGGCAGGGCUGUUUAAAGGAAGUUCAGCCAUCGUCACGUAUGUAGAUGAUACCAAACGGGAACCGAGCCCACAGCCAACUCAAGCACCGGAGACGAAGGCGGAGGAAACCACUAAACAGCCAGUACCAGUGGCAGAGGAUUCUGCUGCCGUACAGCUGGGAGGCAUGUUGAAGACACUGAAAAUAAACCACGUCUCUGUGGCACUGCAACCACGAGGCCUCAUCAACCGAGGAAACUGGUGCUAUAUUAAUGCUACACUACAAGCACUUGUUGCAUGCCCUCCCUUCUUCCAACUGAUGAGGAAGCUGUGUGAGUUCUCUCCCCUGAUCAGAGGUCCCAGUUCAACUCCGAUUCUUGACAGCUUAAUUGCGUUUUCCAAGAAGUUUUCACCUUGGACACGUCCACAAGCCCGUGGGGGAAAGAAGGUUCCAGAACUCAUCCCAGGGUCACCUUUUGAGCCAAACAAUGUCUACCAGAUGCUGCAGGUUAUAGAGGCUAACCCAUCAUUCAAGCUCGGAAAACAGGAGGAUGCAGAGGAGUUUCUUAACUGUAUCCUGGAUGGACUUCAUGAGGAAAUGUCUGCUACCAUAAACCUGGCCAGUGGAGGGGAACGGGAGACAGAGGAUGUGCAGGAGAAUGGCUACGUGGAUGAUGAGGAAGGAAGUGAGGACGAGGAGGACUCCUGGCAGCAAGUUGGACCGAAGAAGAAGAGCAUCCUCACAAGAAGGGCUGCCUUUGCCAAGACUCCAAUUGCUGACAUAUUUGCGGGACACAUCCGCUCUGCAGUGUACAAGGCUGCGUCCAAAGAGUCAGCCACACUAGAGCCAUUUUUCACCCUGAAGCUGGACAUCCAGGAUGAGAAGAUCUGGACCGUGAGGGACGCCCUGGAGGGACUGGUCACCAAGGAGGCGGUACAGGGAUACCAGUGCUCAAAGACUAAUCAGGAGGUGGAGGUGGUGAAGAAGAUCAGCCUGGAAGAACUUCCGCCCAUCCUCAUCCUCCAUCUUAAGUGCUUUGUCUUCGACAAGGCAGGAGGGAGUCAGAAGCUGUUGAAGAAAAUUGACUUUGAUGUUGACCUAAACAUCACUAAAGAUCUGUUGUCAUCAACAGCCAAGGCCAAGAUCCAGCAUACACAUCGGUCCUACAAGCUGUUUGCAGUUGUGUUUCACCACGGUAAGAACUCCACCGGCGGCCACUACACAACAGACGUGUUUCACCCAGGCAUCAGCAGCUGGGUGCACAUUGACGACGCACGUAUACAGCCAGUCCAAGUCGGCAGCGUGCUCAAAUACAUAGCACCAAGAAUGCCGUACCUGCUUUACUACCGUCGCACAGACCUCUCUUAAACACAUUCGUCUUUCAUAGAGAUUCAGUUUGGAUGUUUGUCUCUACUACAGGCAUUGGACAAUGGAUCAUGUUUGUUUGACCAACGAUUGCCGCAAGAUUUUGUCAAAGACCGAAUCUAAUUCAUUCUCUUUUUGGGGAGUGUUUUCAUCUGCCCUGCAUUGGUGAAUGUGAUCUCUCUCAACUCGACUUUGUGUGAGACCACACUUGUAGAUAUUUUACUCUUUUUAUCUAGCAUUAUGGAAAGUUUACCGUGUGUAUGACGAACUGACUUAUAACUAUAACAAUUGUGACAUCUUGAACACGUGCAUCUGGACAGCAUGGAGCUGAUAUCGAAGUGACUGUUGACAUUGGAGAACUUGUUCUGGAUAUUAUUUAACGCUAGUCCCUUAGGUGCUUAUGGACUCCAGAAAAUCCAGAGUGAACAUUUGAUAAUGGAACUCGUACGCUAAUUUUAUCAGCCGGCGUACUUCAAAUUGUCUGGGCUGCUGAAACUCGUCUUCAGCCUUUAGGUCCAUUGAAGACCUUUACGACCUAUGAACUCUGUGAACUGAUGCUUCUGCUUGGUAAGCACAGCCAGCAUUAAUAUCUGGGGAUGCUUUGAACAUGUUUCCAAAGAUGGAGAAAAAACAAAGAUUGUCUUUGCAUUUCAUGGACGUGAUUGAGCAGCUGAUACUAACAUAAUAAUUUCAUAAUAUACAAUGUAAUUUCAAUCAUGAAAUUUGCCUGUUGUCAUUCUUGACAACUAUGUUGAUUUAUAUCAUUAAGUAUUACAUGUGUGUGCUAGGGGGAGAUAACUCAUCCACGAAACUACUCUUUAUCAUUGUUUCAUUCUAGAAAUAGAAUCUCCAAGUUAAUGUUUUUUAUAAGUUCUGAAACAAACAGAACAACCUUCAGGGUACUGGCAUUACUGUUGCUAAGUAAAGUUUUCAAUCAACUUAACAUAAUCUGUAAUGGUUAAUGUUUAUUAAACCCAAGUCAUAUGUCAGUUUUAGCAAUCUCCUGUAAACUGUGACCACCAAAUCUAAGGGAAUGGUGCAUGAGUUCUUAUGCCAAUAAGACUUCAGCUCUCUUAAACAAAUCUUUAAAAUCACCGCCUCGAUUAUGAAUUAUCAAAUACUGGCAUAGAAAACUAAUAUUUCUCAAGUAUUACUCUUUUUUUGAUGUAGAUGCCAUAGUGCUAGAAACAACAGGGUGUGUGAAGUAUCCACUUCAGUAUGAUGACAUACCUUUAUUAUUUCCAUUUGGAACUGCCCCUGUAUGUUUUUUAGAUUCAUUAAUCUAAUAUGUAUUUUGGAAUUCUUUUGCUGCAUGAGAAAGUCGAAGCAUUAAUACUGAUUGCAGGGAUGUCAAUUUUCAGCUGAUCCGUGGAUUUCAAAUUGAUCCCCCUGAAACCCCCAUUCGAUGACACUAUAUUAAGUUUUCAGCUGAAAAUAGUUUUUCCUGUUGCCAUCCCUGAGAUUGGCUUCUUGGAAUUUUUCCCUAAAGCGCUGCCAUGUGUGUUUGUCAGAUCAAUGCUCAGAGUCUAAUUUUAAGAUGUGACUUCGGUAAGAUGGUCAAUUUAUUAAACUGCCAUUAACCGCUUCAGUGAAGGAUGCUUUGGUGCCUGAGUUGAAAGAAUAGUUUUCUGAUCAUGGCUGAUUAAGAAUGCCUGUCGCUACUGAAAUAUGUGUAUCGCUUCAAUGUACAGAGAGUGGUCUUACCACUACAAACAACCCACCUUAUGACCUGACUUCAAGUGACGCUAGUGGACUCUCCGGGACACUACGAACACUGUAUCUAACUGCAUGUGAGUGAGUCUGAGUGCCACAUUUGGGUUUAUUUUUCACUAACAUUCUGUUACCACUUGCAAUAGGUAGAGCUACCGGUAGGGGUGGAUUUGUAUUUAGCAUUCAUGGUACAGCUUACUUGCUUGUGCCAUUACUGAGCUGUAUGGCGAUUCUGCAGGGAUAUAUCUAUAGCUGCUCAGAGACAUGUAUAUUUGUCAGAGACAGAUAAUCUGCAGGAAAAGGCAUUAAAUAUACCCAAGUUGGAAUUUCAAAUUCCCAGUUUAUGUUAACCAUCAUUAAUAGUAAUAUAGGUUUGUAAAGGUAAUUUUUCAUGCACUGUUAACAUGACAAGUAACAAAUAGAAGGGGUUAAUGGUUAUUUUUACAUCUUUGUUCUGAAAACAAUGUUAAAAUGCCUCAGAAUUUAGGAAAUAAGAACUUCCAAAAAUUCAAAACUUUGAACUAAGUAAGGACUUUGACCCAAUUUGCAAGGGUCCUUGAUAAAUGUGUGUAACAGUGAAUUAAGACCUCUAUUUAUUUUAAUGAUAAUAUGGCCAUGUAUAUUACUGUAUUUCCAUAGCACAAAGGGUAUAAGUGCCAAAAGCACUACAUUAUUGUUACCCUUGCUAUCUCAUCACUGUUAUGCCAUGUUGCUCAAGAUAAAAUAUUUAGUUCAUUCAUAUAGUGAAAUAAACAAAUAUUGUGAACAAACUGAACUAACUCAAAAUACAGUAUUAAAGAAGAUUAACAUGAAAAAAUUAAAGCCGACCAACAUGACAAAUAUGUGUUGCUAGAUUAGACAAAUAAACAUUUUCUUUUUGCAUUAUUGAUUUGUUGAAAGUAAACUAUUAGUCCAUUUGACCACUUUCUAAAUGGCAUUGUGUAUUCAUAACUAUUGUACCUGUUGUGAUCUUUGAGUGUUUACAUUUUUCCAGCUGAAUAAAGGUAUCUUCUUUC